AUGGCACAGCAGAGUGCACAAGAUGUGGUAAACCAAUCUCAGUCGGCGGGCGACAACCUUUCGUCCUCCGACGCACCUGCGACCACAUCCACACCUGAUAUCAAAGUUUCCGGGGACGAAAUUGGUGUUGGGGAGGUUGCACCCAAAGAGAAUGGAACACAUACCCUUGCGAAUCUCAAGAUGGACGACUUGGAGGAUGCCUCAGGACGUUCUGACACCGACACCAGCCGAGCUGAUGGCAGUGUCACCGGAGACAAACCUGCUGAGUCGAAACCACUCAAGAAAUUCACCGCUAAACCUGUGAGUUUCGCAAAGUACUCGGUACCUAAAGUCGUCGCCGCAAAUGCUGCCGCCAAAGGCAUGGACAAAGUCACUCUUCCCACGUUGUCCGCUUCAUCACUCACUUCCUCUAGUCGACCACGUCUAGUCGCAAAGACAACCAGUGCUUUGCAAACACAGGGCAAGUCUUACAAGAGUGCUACGCCGGACCCUAUGCAAGUGUGGAACAAGAACAGAGUCACACCUCAACCUUCAACGAAACAUCUCACCGACGAAGAGCUUAAGCAGCAAUACGGUAUUCACUUGACGUCGCGGAUUCAGGCAGAUGGUGAGGGGAAAGAGGCAAAAUGGGCAGACAUUGAUGACGACGAGGAUGACUGGGCGCCGGAAACGAUUGAAUGGAAUGACGGCACGAAGAGCACAUUGACCCCCAUCGAAGUCCUUCCCCAGGCAAAGCAGAAAUCGGCAACUACUUCAGACGCUGACGAGAAGCCCAAGCCUGCUGCACCUCCCAAACCCCCAGCACCGCAUUUCACAAGCUCCGUCGGUCCCAAUGCCACAGUGUUAAAACUCGGGGCCAGUGCCGAAAGACAACAUGCCCAAAAGGUUGCCAACCUACAGACCAAGACCCAGUCAGAGAAAACUUCGAACGGUUCUUCGAAAUCGACCCCUGCGGUGGCACCGGCCAAAUCACCAUGGGCAGCAUUACCUCCCGUGGACAAGGUAUCUCCCAUUGCGAUCAAUCCACAGCCUGUACCACCACCACAAGGCCGCUUCUCUUCACAGAACUACGCACAACCACCGACAGGCCUCACAGCACCUUCUCCUGCAACAGAAAUCUCGGCUGAUGACUUCAAUCGUGCUUGGCGCGAUGCGAUUCCUGGUCCACCACGCGAGUUGUUUGUGCCGACCUCAGGACGAUACGAGGCUGUGCCGGAAGGUCGCAGACGAAUGUCCAGGAACGAUCAAGGCUUCCGAGCCCCUGCUGUCCUUCAAAGGCCUAGUCAAACAGAUCCACACGCUCCUGCUGAGCCUUCCGCAGCGUUCCAGACACAUCGCACAAGCACAGAUCAAGCACGACGUAGAGCAUCAUCCACCGUUUCUGGUGGCAGUGGAUCAUUUGGUCGACGAAUGUCCUUCAAAUCAGGCGAAACACCAACUUCAGUCUUUGGACCGUCUAAAAGCGAUGUCGAGUCCCUUGUUCGACCCAGCUCUAAGGAUGGCCCCUCAUCGCAGACGCAGGUUCCAGCUUACCAAUCGCGCGGCGCCACAGAUCAGAUGCCGGCAGGCUCUGCUCCACCAAGCGAUGCUGAUCUUGAGGUACAACGUGCUCAACAGAAAGCCUUGAUGAAAGAAAAUAUUGAGCGUGCAAAACGACGCAAGAUCGAAGAAGAGCAACGACUGGAAGCUGAGAAACGGGAACGCAUUAGGCAAAAGUUGGCCUCUCUCGGUCCCGACCCUAAACUGACGAAGAAGCAUGCGGAAGAAAAGACUGUGGAGGAUGCGGGUACGGGAAAAGAGUCUAAGAAAGCUGCUGAAGAGUCCGCAGCGUCCGCGGUGCAUGCCACCACUCAUUCACCUCCCAAACCUCCACAACCUCUGGCAUCUGGAGAGCCCCAGCAAUAUGGCAUGAUGAAGGUCCAUCCCUUGGACUCGGUUAAGAAGCUUGGAGGUUCGUUAUCUCGGCAACAAGAUUCCCAGAAAUUGCCUGUACGAGUCAAGCUGGAUUCUGCAGGUUUAGAGGAGUCUAAGCAAGAAACCUCACAAAUGCCUUCUCCAGUGGUAAAUGGCGUUCGAUCUGUUCCAGAAUUGCGAAAAUCAAGUGGUCAAGAGCCGGUUGCCUCUUCAGAGCCGAGUCCGAAAUUGCCCAAGCCUAGCUCUUCAGGGAAUGACGCAAGAAGUGGAUGGGGAGAUUUGCGCUCCGACCACCGUUCGCCCCAGGGAGCCAAUCUAUGGGGAAUAUCCAGUAAAUCUGCACUUGGAAAUGGUACGUUCGACCAUGGACUGGCGGGAUAUGCGCCACAAGAUCUGUCCCGGACAUCUUCGUCGGUUCAAGGCUGGAUGAAUGGAAGGACGCCGCAUACUGGUCGAUCACCACAGGCCCAGUAUGUGAAUCAUGCAGCGCCUGAGAGUCGAUCGUUCUCAUAUCAGCCUCUGGCAUCUCCCGAUCAAGGCCCGUUAGCCGCUGAUAGCGAAGCUGACUCACUCUUUCCCACUACCAAGCCCGCCCCGAUCGCUCCCCCCCAUUCUCAACAAGCUCACGGCCCUGGCGCUGUCCAUAGCCUCCAGAACCCCCCUAAGCCUCAUGCUAUUGAUGCGUGGGCGAAUUUUCACCAAGUUGCGGGACAACAAGAGCGAGCUGAGAAUGAAAGACUGCAACGUGAAUUGGUGGCUCGGCGAGAAGAGGAGCUACGCACCGGAGUCCGACAAGGUCCUCAGUACACCUUCAACGAGACUUGGAAGCAAGUGCAUGUCGGCGACCAGGCUGGUCAGCGGCAUGUCGCCAACAUUGCAGAGUCUGCUGUGCCUGCAUCAAACCUGUUUGGUGCUGUAGGCACCAUACCAGGCACAGAUAUGGGGUCACGAAUGAUGAGUGGGCCUGGUGGACGAGGAUCUCGCUUCUUUCCACAGCCAAUUGGUGUUCCACCACAGGACCGACGAGCAUUCACUUACAGCCACCCCGAGCCGCCAAGAUCACCAUCACCGCCCCCGGCAGAAGAGUACUCAAGCUUCCAUCCCGCUUUUGAUGGAGACUUACGAAGUCCCAAGGUGCACUUCCCGCCGGCAAAGGCGGUAGUCAAACUGCCUCCUGUAAUGCCACCUACGCCCCCAAGUCCGACACCGGUACAACCAGCUGAUGUAUCACAUACACCGUUGACUUGGGCGGCGAGGGUUUCAGCCCCACCGCAGUCGUUCAGGUCUGCCUCCACUCCAAUCGUACAGAACCCUUCCUGGCAAGAAAGAUUCAAUGGAUUGCUGGGCAAGAAGUCCUCUCCGGUACCAGAACCUGUUCACUUUGCCUCGGCAGCUCUAGCGAUUGCCCCUUCCUCCCGAGAGCCUCUCGAUGUUCAACAUGUACUUGUACCUGCCGCAUCAGUGUCCAUGCCGGUCGAUGCCGAUUCUGGCAUCCCCGUGACUGAAGUGUCAAUAGCGACGAAAGAUGUGGAAAGCGAGGAUGAUCUCUUCGAGGAUCGGGAACCAGGGUCUUUGCCGAUUAUCGAAUUGCCCACGGGGGCACCUCCAAUUCAGUGGGCGCCGUCAUUUGCCUCGAGAAUUGCUCCAGCGCCUGUCGACCCUGUCUCCAGACACCCCUUCAUGGUGAACAAUCUGCGGGAGUGGCAUGGACCGUCGAAGCAACAAUACGCCUUGAUCCGCCUCCCAGGGCAGACAAAACCUAUCAGAAAAGAUAUUCCAGUUAAAAGUGCACCACCAAGCAGUGGUGGUAAGUCACAACACCGGAACGGCGGAAACUCCGGCGCGUCGCACGUAGGUAAACGCAGCAGAAAUCGAGAUGGGCCACGGGUUCGACAGGCAUCCAAGACGCACUGA